AUGGCGGUGAGCUUUGCCUCGAAGAGGCUUGCCAAAGAGCUCAAUAAGCUGAACAAUGGUCUGCCGCCUGGGAUCGAGCUGAUCUCUGCGGACAAUUUUGAGGAGUGGUUCAUGGACAUAAGAGUACUGGACGACAAUCCGAUAUACCGCGACCAGAUCUACAGACUCAAGUUCAAGUUCUCUCCUCAAUACCCAAUCGAACCCCCUGAGGUCACAUUUUCGAAGACCACCGACCGACCGAUCCCCCUGCACCCUCACAUCUACUCGAACGGCAUCAUCUGCCUGGAUCUUCUGGGAUCUCAGGGCUGGAGCCCGGUGCAGAACGUCGAGACAAUCUGCAUGAGCCUGCAGAGCAUGCUCACGGGCAACUCAAAGGCUGAGCGACCGCCGGGCGACGAGGACUUCGUACGAAGCAAUAGGCAGCGCCCACGAGACAUCGACUUUUACUAUCACGAUAACACAGUGUAG